AUGGAGAGUGUGAAAAGACUGAGCUCAGACUGGAGAUAUCCCACCACGUUGCUGUGCGUCUAUGGAUUCUUUAGCACGGUGAAGCCGCUGGAACCUUUCCUCAUACCGUUCCUGACAGGACCAGACAAGAAUCUGACCACUGAACAGGUCAACAACCAGAUUUUUCCCGUGUGGACAUACUCCUACCUGUCCGUGCUGGUGCCGGUCUUCCUGCUCACGGACUGGCUGCGCUACAAACCUGUGGUGGUCUUCCAGUGUGUGAUGCUCUUCAUCACCACGGCUCUGCUGAGGUGGACGGAGAGCGUGCUGGCCAUGCAGGCCAUGCAGUUCUGCUACGGGGUGGUGACAGCCAGCGACGUGGCCUAUUUCUCCUUUAUCUACAGCGUUGUAGAUCUAAAAAGAUACCGUAAGGCCACGUCUUACAGCCGCAGCGUCCAGCUCCUGGGAUACACCGUGGGCUCGGUGCUGGGUCAGCUGCUCGUCAGCUUCGACCUCAUGUCCUACAACAACAUCCUCGUGUUCACUUUGGUGCUCACAGCCGUCGCACUCGUCGCCUCCUGCUUGCUGCCCAUGCCACAGAGAAGCAUGUUCUUCCACAGAAAACAUUCUGGACAGAGAGCGGCAGAGGAAGGCGCAAAGAGGCAAAGGGGUGGCUCUGAGGAUGAAGAACGCCACUCAGAAACAUCAAAUACAUCCCUGGGAGACAAAGGAGAUACGAAGGAGCAGCGGGUUGAGGAGGACGAGGAUUCGGAGGAGAUAAAAGGGGCGGCGUCCUGCAGCCAGGUCGCUCUGCAGCUAUGGAGAGAUUUCCGCCAGUGUUAUUCCUCCAGACAGCUGUUGUACUGGUCAGUGUGGUGGGCGAUGGCCACAUGUGGCUAUAACCAGACUGUCAACUAUGUACAGGUGCUGUGGGAGCACGUGCAGCCCUCUCAGAACUUCAGCAUUUACAACGGAGGUGUGGAGGCAGCGUCAAACUUGUUAAGUAAGCAGAAAACAGACAGAAGUGAAACUGUCGAAAAAAAGGAAGGUGCAGCAACUGCCUAUGGCAUAGGCUUCACAGAGGUGAGGUGGGAGCAGUGGGGGGAGCUGGCCCUGGGUGGCUUCUCGGGACUGGGAGCUGCUGCAUUAUUUCUCAUGACUUUCGCCGGAAACAUCUGGGUCUGCUACGCCACCUACACCAUCUUCAAGUGCCUGUACAUGCUCCUGAUAACAAUAGCCAUGUAUCAAAUCGCAGCCGACCUGUCGAUGGAAAGGUACGCUCUGGUGUUUGGGGCCAACAACUUUGGAGCUCUGCUUCUGCAGACAAUCAUCACUUCCGUGGUGGUUGACAGCGGAGCGCUGGGCCUUCCCAUCGUUCCUCAGUUCAUCAUUUAUGCCAGCUACUUCUCAGUCAUCUCUGUGGUUUUUCUGAUUCGGGGAAUAUUUAGCGUCUGUAAAGCGCAGAGGAUAAAAAAGGAACAGUCGUCUUUAAAUGGAAGACAAUCUGAAAUCUGCGAGGAACACAAGUUCUGAUAUUGUAAAUCGAGACUUGAUUUUAUUUAUCUAUUUUUUUUUGUAACCCUGUGGUACCAAAUCAUGGAAUUAAACGCCCUUUUUCUUGUG